AUGGGUAGUUCUGUUGACCUGGCGUCGAUGGACGAUCUAAGCAAUCGCUUUAAUAAUUUCUUUAAGCAGGACGCGGAAAGGGCCCAGCUUAUCGAGGUCGUGUUAAGAAAAAUCAAUGAAGAUAAAGGCCGACUGGAUAGCCUUACCAUCGAGCUGGAGCAUGAGCGAGAAUCCCGCCUUAGGUACCAGGUAGAGCUCCGCGAUCUGCGAGAACAACGGCAAAGAUGGGAACAGCUCUAUAACAAAGACCCAUAUGUGGCAGUCCUGGUUGAUGGUGACGGUGCCAUCUUCAAUAACGAGUUGCUGCAGGACCCUCGUCAGGGUGCCUCUGAAGCUGCUCUACGACUCACCGAGGCGGUGAGAAACUACCUUAAGGAUACACCUCUUGGCUCCGAUGACGUUCCCAUUGUCGUGCGGAUCUUUGCAAAUCUGAACGGGCUGGCCAAGUCGCUUUUACACCACAAUGCCAUCGACUAUGAGGAUAAGAUGCGGGUAUUCGCCGAGCAGUUUACUAAUAGUCGUGCCGAGUUCGAUUUCGUCAAUGUCGGUCACGGCAAGGAGAACGCUGACUCUAAAAUGAGAAAGAUGUUCGGUCAUUUUUAUAGAAACUUCCAGUGCAAGAAAAUCUUCUUCGCUGGUUGUCAUGAUAACGGCUAUCUUCAUGAUCUUCGCGAAUACGCAGGCGAGUCGGGCAGACAGCGCAUCGUUCUUUUGGAGACUACUCCUGCGCAGUCAGGCUUCACUCAGAUGGGCUUCGAGAUGACCCGAUUUGAUUCUGUUUUCCGCAGUGAUGUUCUCGGAUCACCGCCCGUCCCCCUUGCGCCUUUGACUGCUCUCAGAAUACAACCAAUGACUACGGCCCCUGCCAGCAGCGGAGCUACUACACAACCACCGAUUGCUCCUCCGUCUACUGUUAGAAAGGAAAGUCCUAUCGCGCGACCAGCAACGACAAAUACUGUCCGCGCCAACUCUCCCGCGGUAGUCCCGCCCGAGCGCCAAGCAUCCCCCGCAACUGGGACAGUGGUUAGCUCCGGCAACGGUGGUGUCUCGAUUAAAUAUCCCACAUACGCCACAGCCAGCGGUGCAAACGGUCACCAUAACGUCGUCAUUGCAGCCAGUGCCAAGCCUAAAGAGCCGCGAGUCAUGUACUACAACAGCAAUGGGCAGCGCAUCGAUCCUCCGAACAACCGGCCCGCGAACCUGAACGACCAUCGAACCUACAAUGAAAAGUGCCUGAGAAUCAAACCAAAAGUCUUCUGUAACGACUUGUACCUGGCAGAUGGCUGCCCCAAGGGCCCGAAUUGUCCAUUGGAGCACGAAAUCAAACUGACGCCUGGAGAGCGCGCGGUCCACCGAUGGAAAGCGCGGGGCAGUCUAUGUACUAGCGGUCCUUACUGCGAAAACUAUCGCUGCUAUUUGAGUCAUCACUGUACAUUUGGAGACGGUUGCACUCGGGGCGCGACAUGCAAAUUCAAGACAGCCCGCUGGGGAGAUUUGCAUCAUUCCAAAGUUGAUUUGAAACCUCUGUAA